AUGGCGGAACACCUCAUUACCUCAACGGAAGCAUCGGUGCCUAUGCUCGAGGUGCCCUAUGUUUCCAAAUAUUCUUGUAAAAUCGGUCAUUUCUUACUCUAUCCUGGCUCGCGUGGAUUCACGCUGAAUAACGCCGGAUUCUUGGUCGUUCGAGAAGAUCAACAUGAGGAGCUUGUUAGUUUGUUGCAAGAAUGGUUAUACCUUGGUCUCCUCCAAGAGUUCCUAGGACACCCGGUCAACAUACUUGAUUUCCUGCGCUUAGGCCACGGUUCCGAGCAACAAAUUAUCAACUCAUCCCCAUUGCCACGCAUUCUUCAAAGUUGUCGAGAGAGACUAUUGCAGCUUCACAAUGCCGGUUUCUUGACCAGCCUCGAGCCUGAACCCCAAGAUCAGCACAAAAUGGCAAGCAGAGACUACUACGACGGUAAUGGACAGGACGACGGAGGCCGUCAACAAGGUGGCCGUGAAGAAGGCGGAUACGGUGGUGGAGAGCGUCGACAGGAAGGCUACGGCCAAGGUGGUGGGCAGAGCUAUGGAGGUGGCAACCAGGGCGAACAACGUUACGGAGGCGGCUCGAACCAGCAGGGAGGCUAUGGAGGUGACAACCAGGGCGAACAACGCUACGGAGGCGGCUCGAACCAGCAGGGAGGCUAUGGCGGCGGCGGUGGAUACAAUAACCAGAAUGACGAGGAUCUGCAGGGUGCAGCUCAGCAUGCCCAGCAGCAUGCGGGGAACUCUGGAGAUUCUAAUAUAUUUUCGAGUGUUUUGGGUAACUUGAUGGGCAACAAGCAGAACAUCCAACAAGGCAACCUUGACGAACAGCAUGCCGUUCAAUCUCACCAGCAGUUCUUCGGCGGCGGAGGUAACUCGCAACAAGCUAGCUCUGGAUCGAUGGGUAGCGCUGCUGCCAUGCAAGCCCUCAAGAUGUUCUCCGGUGGCCAGAGCGGCAACUCUCAAUCUGGAAACUCGCAGAAUGCUUUCGUGGGUAUGGCGAUGGGUGAAGCCAGCAAGCUAUUCGAUAGCCAAUCUUCCCAAGGAAACGUCGCCUCGGGCGCUAGCAAGGAGUCUGCUAUUCAGCAAGCUGGGGAGAUGGCACUCAAGAUGUACAUGAAGAGCCAGGGCGGUGGCUCGUCCGGCUUGAUGGGACUGGCCUCGAAGUUCAUGUAA